GCUGGAAGCGCGAGCGAGUGGCGCGUCGUCCUUAUUCUACCUUGGGAAAAGGAUGCAAACCCCCCACGAAACCCGUUUCCAGGUCAACAUGGGGUUAGAUUUGCUGAAGGCGACCCCCGUUACGAUCUUGAACGCACUCGCUUUGAAUCCCCCGGCCACCCACAUCAUACAAAAUCAACGCGCGUGUUUGGAGCUUGUGAUGAAAAUGCUGACGUGCUGACGUUACAUUUGAUCGGUCCGUCUGCGCGUUUGACGUGAAGACCCGCUGAGGGAUCUUUAUUACUCUUAAGGACUUUUUUAUGGACUCGAACGAAGCUCGCAAAUGUCUUGCUUGUGGAAACGCUUUCUUGGAGAGCGACACGACUUUAGGAUUUUUGCAUAGUUAUGAGACAUUAUCAAAAUGACGUAUAGGUUACGACAGUAGUCUGCUGGAGGGAUUUUUCGUACUUUUAUCGACUUUUUAUGGACGCGAACGAUUGUCGCAAGGAUCGUGUUUAUUUGGAAAUACUUUUCAGGGGAACGCUGUAUUUGUGAAUGUCCUGCAUAGGCGUUUGUUUAUUCAGAAACCGGUAUGUUUUAUGUUUUAUACUCAAAACUCCUAUCAUACUGCACCAUUUGUCAUUUAAAGAACGUUUGUUUGCAUUUUAUCUUAUUAAAAGAGGAAACAUGACUCGAAAGAUCAUCACAAACAUCGUGAUUAUGUGACACUUGGAAACGGUCUGAUUAGAAUGAAAGGUAUUCAUUUCAACGAGGUGUUACAGAAUAUUCCUAGAUCUUUUCGAAUUUUUAUGGACGCGAACGAUCGUCGCAUACGUGGAAUUUGGGAAUGUUCUGAAUAGAAUACAGCGUACCAAUUAUUUAUACGCAAAGCUCCUACUGCAGAACAUUUAGUUCUAUGUUAUCUCAUUAUAGUGCUGUGAUACUGAAUUUGGGAGUUAUGUUGUGAAAUGGUAUGCAUAAUUCUAAAGCUGUAGUUUUAUUUCCAAAUCAUUUGAACAUUUGCAAGCUGCAUAUUAUUAACCCAGGGGUCAUGACAUUCGUGUAUAAGGGAACUGAUAUCAGCAUUUGGAUAGACUGAAAGAGACUUCAGAAAGAGUUUGGCGCAACUAUCACCGGUGAUGCCGGAGGUCACUUCCACCAGAAGUGAUAGGCUAACAUCCAAAGGCAUUAUGUUUUUAUGCAACACCACAGCCAUCAAGGACUGGAGCUAUUUUCUCUCUCAAAUCUUGCCUCUUGUGAAUAAAUCAGCGGGAUUUGUUCAUCAGAGUAUGGACCGGGUGGAAGCGGUGACGAGCACCAUGGUGACGGCUCUGGAGCCCGACCUGAGCGGCAUGAGCGCCAGUCACCCGCCGCUCAACUCUAAUCACACGUCCGGAAUGGAGCACGUCUUUCAAUACUCGUACUCCGAGAGUGACCUGCAGUACACAGACUACAGGACGCCGCCGAGGGACUCGAUACAGCUGCCCAAGGCGGUGCUGUACCUGGUUAUGGCCGCGCUGGUGGUGGUGGCUGUGGCGUACGCGAUCGUCGGGCACCUGGUGAAGGAUCUCGUUCACGAGUUUGUGGAGUGGGUGUUUGGGCCCCGUUCAGACAACCGCAGGAGCAAGAGUGAGGUGAACUGCAUCAGCAGCAGCAUGAAUGAAAUGAGCGAACUCUCACAUCCAGCCGACACUUGCUGCAUCGUGUACAAUCACUCUGACUGCCCGAGCACCAUUAAGCCGGAAGAACUGGUGGUCACCAUCGAUGAGACCUCGCAGCUACCUCGUGAAGCUUACAGUGGGACCUGACUGAGACCAAACUCUCACCUUUGAUCCAGCCCUUUAUUGUGAGGAGAAAAGCACAUUUGCUUUAGUUUGAUCAGCGUCUGUGAUGUUGAAAGCCGGUGUGGCGAAGUCACAUGGCAGAAGACUUAUCCUGGGAUGAGGAAAACUGAAGAAUCUGGGAGACUUUAGAAGGAAUGGAAUCACUUUAAAGUACAUUAAAUGUUCCGUAUUGAGUGCUGUGAGACACUUUAUAUUUUCAAAUCGAAUAGUGAAAGAGAAAAGACACUUUUUUAUCAUUCAUAUCAGUCUUGUCACACAAUAUUUCGGUUUAUUUAUUUCUUGUUUUGUGGAGACAUGCACUGUGAAUCUAGAAUAGUGUUCUGCUGUUAUCCAUUUCCUACACUACCUGCAACUUGCUAUGGUUUGAUUUUCCCGCUUUUUGCAGAUAUUUAUGGCUGAGUACUUAUGGUAUUUGCAAAUACUCACAUUUUACUCAAUUUCAGGUUUCUUGUGAUCGACUCUGCUGCUUAAAAACAGAAAUGCUUGGAGAUCUUCUCCCUACAGCUUGAAAUUUUGAAAUUUUAAGUAACGAAGAUGGUUUAGAUAAACAGCCCUUGAUCAGUAGUUAAUCCACAAUGGCUUUUUCAUCUAAGCCAUUUUACCAAAAAUGUGUUUUAUAAUAGAGAGAUGAGAGAUUCUACACAAACACUUCUCACUGAAAAUAUAUAUUUAAAUGGUAGAAAACUGCAGUUAAAUAGACUUUUGAUAAUAUAUGUGAGUUAUAUGUAGACAAAAUGUCCUAAAAAAUACAUAUCUCUGUUUACUUCACGACUAAAAGGGCUAUAAUUUCAGGUUUCAUUGCAGAUGUUCAUCAUAAUGAAGCUUAAUCACAUUUUUAAACAGAUAUUAAAGUAAGUGUGUAUUAAAAAGGCAUAAUCAAAUAUUUCAAACUUUGUCAACUUCUGCUGUCCUCUCUUUCAUACAUUUUUAACAAUAAAAGUAAAAAAAAGAAGAGAAAAA